AUGACAACAUCUAAAGUGAUUUUGGAACCUCCAAACGGAGGGUACGGCUGGAUUGUUGUGUUUGGUGCUUUGUUAAUUAACAUGGUCAUCAAAGCUUUCAAUUCAGUGUUUGGAUUGCUUUACGGACCCUUUUUUAGAUCCAUAAAUGUCGCUCAAUCUGACAUUUCACUUGUGAUGAAUCUUUCUAGCUUUUUUGGAAGUCUAGCAUCAAUUUUUACGAGUGCUGUUCUAAAAUCAUACACAGUUCGACAAGUGGCAGUGACUGGAUGCUUUCUAAUUAGUAUUGGAAUGACAUUAAGUUCAUUGACUGUGUCUGUAUAUCAAACAGUUCUUGCAUACAGUGUCAUAGGUGGUUUUGGGUUCGGAUUAUUGGUCAAUACGUCACUUAUUGCUGUUACAUCAUAUUUCACGACCAACAAAAAGAGGGCUGUUAGCUUUUCAUUGACAGGAACAGGAAUCGGACAAAUAUUACUUCCACAAAUUGUUCAAUAUUUGAACAGCAACUUUUCAACGAAUGACUCAAUAAUGAUAAUGGGAGGCUUGAUGCUCAAUGGAGUAAUAGGAGCACUUUUAUUCCAACCUGUUGAAAAGCAUUUGAAGCCGAGAACGAUUGAUGAAACUCAGUCAUUGACAUCGAUGACGCCCAUGUCAAUUGACAUUCCACCUGCCGUAAAUGAAGACAAUACAUCGUUUUGGAGGAAGUUUAUUAAAACAAUGGACUUGGGAUUGUUGGAAGAUUCACGAUUCAUCAUUUUGAAUUUUGUUUUGGCUUGCGGCUAUGCAGUCGCUACUGAUUUCAUGUUGAUUCUUACAUUUUUCUUAAAGGAUACAAAGAAAUUAGAGCCGAGUCAAACAGCAACGUGCUUAUCAGUUUUAGCAUCAUUCGACUUGAUCUCAAGACUAACAUUUCAUUUCAUAACAGAUUGGACGAGCCUUUCAAGUAGGCAAAUUCUAGUCAUUGGGAUCUUUUGUCUUGGAAUAAUAAAAACCACUAUGACGUUCCUUACAAGUUUUGAAUCUAUCCUUUUCGCUAUCUCAAUUUAUGGAUACUUUAGAGCUGUUGUGAUUGUUAAUCAAAUUAUUGUUCUGUCUGAGCAUUGUGCUAAGUAUUAUCCAAGGAGGUUUGCUGGUGCUUUAGGCUUAAAUAUGGCAUUUUGUGGAAUUUCUACUUUAAUUUUUGGACAGCUUUUUGGAGUAUUUAGAAAUUAUGUCAGUGACUUUUCAUACAGCUUUUAUUUGGAAGACAUUUUCAUCAUUUCUGCCAUGUCAAUUUGGUUGAUUGAAUAUUUAUAUCAUUUAAGGAACUGA